AUGGCAGGCUCCGCCAUGGUGUUGGACCCGAAACCCUUACCGGAGCCACCGGCUUCGUUCCCCUCCAUUAGAUCGGACCUCCAGGCUUCGUCGGAGCAGCACCAGGCCUCCGACGAGGACGAUCUCUACAGCCGCCUCAAAUCCCUUCAGCGGCAACUCGAGUUCAUUGACAUCCAGGAGGAGUAUGUCAAGGAUGAGCAGAAGAACCUGAAGCGCGAGCUCCUUCGUGCCCAAGAAGAGGUCAAGAGGAUCCAGUCGGUGCCCCUCGUCAUCGGCCAGUUUAUGGAGAUGGUCGAUCAGAACAAUGGGAUUGUGGGCUCCACCACGGGCUCGAAUUACUAUGUUAGGAUUCUCAGCACCAUUAAUCGGGAACUUCUCAAGCCUUCUGCUUCGGUCGCCUUGCAUCGCCACUCCAAUGCCCUUGUCGACGUUCUGCCUCCGGAGGCCGACUCCAGCAUUUCGCUCCUCAGCCAGUCUGAGAAGCCCGACGUCACCUAUUCUGAUAUUGGAGGAUGCGAUAUUCAGAAGCAAGAAAUCCGUGAAGCAGUAGAACUGCCACUUACUCACCAUGAGUUAUACAAACAGAUUGGAAUAGACCCUCCACGUGGUGUAUUGCUCUAUGGUCCACCUGGAACUGGUAAAACCAUGUUAGCAAAGGCUGUUGCUAAUCAUACAACUGCUGCCUUCAUUAGAGUUGUUGGUUCAGAAUUUGUUCAGAAGUAUUUGGGUGAGGGUCCACGAAUGGUUCGUGAUGUUUUCCGUCUUGCCAAGGAGAAUGCACCUGCAAUCAUUUUUAUUGACGAGGUGGAUGCUAUUGCUACCGCUAGGUUUGAUGCUCAAACUGGAGCUGACAGAGAAGUACAGAGAAUCCUUAUGGAGCUCCUCAAUCAGAUGGAUGGUUUCGACCAGACGGUAAAUGUUAAGGUCAUAAUGGCAACUAAUCGAGCAGACACAUUGGAUCCUGCACUUCUGCGUCCUGGAAGGCUUGAUAGGAAGAUUGAAUUUCCUUUGCCUGAUAGGAGGCAGAAAAGACUUGUUUUUCAGGUUUGCACUGCUAAAAUGAACCUGGGUGAUGAGGUGGACUUGGAAGAUUAUGUAUCUCGGCCAGAUAAAAUCAGUGCUGCUGAGAUUUCAGCUAUAUGUCAAGAAGCAGGAAUGCAUGCAGUUCGCAAGAACCGGUACGUCAUACUCCCGAAGGACUUUGAGAAGGGUUACCAAAUCAAUGUGAAGAAGCCUGACACUGACUUUGAAUUCUACAAAUGA